GAAAUGCUCAGUGCCAAAGGCAGAGUCAUACAGCCACAUUCAGUGGUAUGUCGACAGAUCAGCACAGCAAUUCAUACAUUUUUGCAAGUUGUGAUGGGGUAACAGACCUGAAACUACCAAAACCAAAUAAUCGCAAGUAUCUAUUUGAUGACCUUUCUCGUAGAGA